ACGCCGCCGCAGACUCUUUAGCCGGUGAAGCGUUGGUUGGACGGCACGGGUGCCAUUUGGCGCAGAUUUGGGCUACAGCCGCGAACAAAGGGAGUCCUGUUAUUUAUUUAUCGUCGUAUUUGUUUUAAUCGUGUCUAAUCUAUUUUGCCCGUCAAACGUCAAAAUGAGCUCUAUUAACGUGAAAAAGCUGAAAGUGAACGAGCUGAAGGACGAGCUGAAAAAGCGUAAUCUCUCGGACAAGGGGCUGAAGGCCGAUCUGAUGGACCGCCUGCAGGCCGCUCUGGACGAAGAGGCCCUCUCCGGAGAAUCCCCGCUGGACCAAGACGCUUCGGGCAUCGACCAGGCCGCCGACCCGGAGUUCAUGGGCGAGGAGGAAGAAGGCGACGGCCAGGUGGAGGAAAGCAUGGAGGCCAACGAAGAGGAGGAGGAAGAAGAAGAAGAAGAGGAGGAAGAGCCGGAGAAUGGAGGCGGUGGGGAAGCCGUAGCCGAGGACGAAGAGAUGGGAGAGGGCGAAGAGGAGAACGAGGAAGACGAGGAUGAGAUGGAUCCGAUGCUUAAAGGGGUUGUGGACGACAUGGAGAAAGAGGAUGGUGAGCCCGGGGACCAGGCUGCUGAGGGUGAGUCUAAACGGGGGUUGGUUAUGAAAAUGUGACCGGCUGGAUGGACCGUGACUGGGUGUCGGUUUUUUUUUGCUAUAACGCGGGAGGGAGGGAGCCGACUGGGAUUAGCCAAUUUCAGAUGCAAAACGUUAACCACAUAACACAGAGUCCAUGUUUUAAUAGCAAGCGCAGUCUGACCUCCCUAUAGCUGCCGUUAGCAUCAAACUGAAAACGAUUAGCCGGUAAGCUAGCUCAACGUUAGCAACGGUCACCACCUUGGUUAGCUUAUAUUCGCUUAUUUUCGUGCAUCUAGUCAGAACCGUGUACCCUUGAGUUACAAUUUCACAAUUCAAUGUUGAUAAGCGAAGAAGGUCAGAGUUAAUGUCUCCCUAUAGCGUAGUUUGGGCUUUUCGUUUCACUUCGUUAGCAUAUUAGCGGCUAGCUAACCGCAUUUCUUUGUGUGUGAUUCAGUGCCAGCUAGCUAAGGACCUGUUAGCUGGUUCAGUGUUCCCGUAAUGAAGUCCGACCUCAAGGGGGGUUAUUGGGGCAGAGGUGUGCGAAGGUAAUCACUCACUUCACCACCAACAAAGACCGUAUUUUAUGGGAAUUAAGCUCGAAAAACAGAUUUAAUCCGAUAAAGCAAGAAUUUGAAAUCGGGCUGAUCUAUGCCGAUAUUUUUUAAACUGAUUUUGACCAUCAAAUACAUUGAAACCGAUACAAAUACACAGUCUUAUUAAUCAGAGGAGGCAAGGUUUUGAAAUCUGGCCGAUACUCUUUGAUUCUUCUAUGAUUUUUUUGGUAUCCAAUUGGAUUUAAAAUGCAAUUUUAUAAUACUGUCAAUUUUACCAGUAUUGAGUCUGCAUUUUGAACACCAGUGAAACAGUUGAGUGAUUAUGAUUGUUGUGAUUAUGAUGUUGAAGGAAAAAAAUGUAGAUUUAUAUUUGGAUGAUACAGUUUGGUGAAAGGACCCCCAAUUCCCAGUUAAUUCCCAUGGAAAGUUUCUGGAAAUGUUCUGCCCCUUUUUAUCCCUAAUUGACACCGAUAUAAAUACCCACUCUUAUUAAUCAGAGGUUCUCUGUGCGGUCCAGGUUGAUGGUUCCAGAGAUACUGAAUAAAAUUGGCAGUAUUUAAGACAAGUUACUGUCAUCCUCCUAAAAUAACACUCGCCUUCACAAGUUUUCCAUUUGGCUGUUUGGCCAUCUGGGAAAACUGCACCAGCUCUGCCUUAUUAACUCACCCUAAUAACCAGGACAUAGUUUAUGUUUGCUUUGCCUUGAUUUACUGUCUAUGCAUGGGAUGCCCGUGUACAAGUACACCUAACCCUGUGACAGGCUGGGAACACUUGAACUAGCUGAUGCAGCUGUGCAGGCGCUGAACUGCUUGUCUAGCACAUGGUUAGUUUGUAUGUGGUUUGAAUUGAAAAUGUCGCCUAGAUUAUCUCAGUUUAAAGUCUAGCCACCAAGGUUAUCAGUUAUGGGGGAGGGGAUUAUCGCAGUAGGUCUCUUCAUAUCCUUGCAUGAUGCUACUGUCCCACACCACAAUAGGCAUGUCCUCUUUAAUGAAACAGAUUACACAUGAUGACUAAUCAGAGACUUGGUUUACCAGUCCCAGCCAAUCCAGUAUGAAGUGUUCAUUUGGACCAGCUUCCAAUGUAAAUCCUAUCUGGUCAUUUGGUCUGUUACAAUUUCUGGAGUAUGACUGUGUUGUUUAAGUGUAAUUAUGAGGUGUUACCUCUUAAACGUAAUAUUGCUGAUUAUGGUCGACUCAAUGUAACUAAUGAACGGGCUUCGUGGGCCAGAACCCCACUGCCAGUCCGACCUCUCUCCAUAAAAAGGAGCACCUCAUUCUAUAUCUUUGUUCUAUUUUCAAAGGGGAUGCGGACAAAGACACGAAUGCUGAUCAGAAGAAUAAGAAGGGUGUUAAGAGACGCCGGGAGGAACAUGGAAGGGGCUACUUUGAAUUUAUUGAAGAGAACAAAUACAGCUGGUAAGGAUGGGACAGAGCAAAAAUGGCCUUCAGCAUCCCUGAAGCGCCAUGCAUAGCUUUGUUAAACUGUAUUGGCUUUAAGUGCCAAUGCACAUAACUAGCAAGAGGAAACCCUCAUAUUAUAAGUAUUAUACUACCUAUUAAUGACCUUACUUUCACACACACAUGUUUUUGAGGGUCAUCCCUGACUCCUUAAAGAGCCUUACCAUUUAUCUUUUACAGUGCCCACUCACAUUUGUGUCUUUUACGGACUGCAUUCUGUAGCAGAAGUGCAACUCUCAAGUCUCUACGAACUGUCACAUCUGUUCCUCAUGCCACUUAUUGUUUUGCAAAGCCCAUUGUGUCCUGAAGGUGAAUCAAGGCUGCUCAGAGACUACAAACCCAGAGGAAAAGUAGCAGAUGUGCACUUUUCAAGGAAGGGGAGGGUGGGGAGGAAUAGCUGAGAGGCGUGGGAGGAGGAAGAGGAGGGUCCAUUACAGCAGACUAGCACACCAGGAUGUAUUUAAACUCCCAGUGUGUUUUGGAACGUCCACGGAGGAGCUCGCAAUUGACCGUCCAUCGUUUGGCCUCGCUAUGGUCCUUUUUUUUCCCCCCCGUUUUUGUUUGGUUGUAUGAUGUCAAAAUGCUAUUUCUGUCUCAUGUAUCAUGUGUUUCUGUGUGUUUCUCAUGAAGUGAGUGUGGUUUCGUUUGAGAGGUUCUUUUCCGCCCCUCUGCAGUGACAUCAAGCAUGUGUGUUUGUCAGUGUGUAUGUGUGCAUACCUACUCCUGGGUUUAAUUUUUUUUUAAUUACGCAACUAAGAGACUGUAAGGAUCAACUUGUAGAAAUGCAAAUGCUUUGUGAUUCAGGCAUAUUUUUAUUUUUCUGGAAGGAAGAGGGAACGGAGAUGGAAAGGCAGCAACAAGAAUGGUUAAAUGCUCUUUUUUUUUUUAGUUGUUAAAUAUAUAUAUAUUUUUUUUCACCAACAUUAUCCUGUAGCUGUAAUCUGAAAGUGGCUUAUUAUGCAGUGAGCACCAACUCGGAAGUAUAUUCACCCUUUAUCCCACCACUGCAGCCGUUUGUACAGCAUUCGUGGCUUUUUGAGGACAAACACAUCAGCAUUUAUGAUCCUAAUAACUGCUGGGUUUACAUCGUUUCCAAUCACUGAGGUUCAAACCUUGAAUUUCUAACUUGUUAAUGAUUAUUCUGAUAUUUCACCUCAAAGCUACAGAGUUGGUAAGUUGCUGUAGCUCUCACACCAAAUCUUCCUAGACAUGUUGAUGACUUAGUCACAGAUCCACAGAACAGUGUGUGUAAGCCGUGACCUUUUCAUUGAGAAGUUAAAAAUAACCGCACCCACUACCACUUUAAAUGACCCCACAGCAAUCUCAGAUAUUAGGAGUGCAGAUCUCUUUGAUUUCAUCAGGAUGAGGUCUGCUUUGGACCAGAGGAGGCGCUUCCUUUUUUUUUUUUUUUUUUUUUGUGUAUCUCUCAUGUUUUAGAUUUCGCUGGAUACUGCAAGGUAAGUGUUGUCUGCCACUACAGCUGAUAAUCCAUAUGUUUGGUGGCUUAUUUGCCCAAAUUCACUCUCUAUUGAUUUCGUACUGUUCACCCCCUCCUAGUCUGGCUUUCCUCUUUUUGUACCCACAUGUUUUUCAGCAAGUGGUACCAAGGCAAGCAGGCUACAUGUGCCAUGAAUUUGCCCUGAGAUGUGAGUCCUCUGAGUGACUGGUUGGUAUCUCUUUUUAGGGCCUCAUUUAAGUCUCCUGUGCCCCCCCUGGAGGAAGAAGACGAGGAGCUUGAUGACACAAAAGUCUGCCUUGACGCCUGUAAGUUAUCGGAGUGUGGAAAGUUGAUGAUAAUCUGCUUUAAUAUCCGGAUACAGUGUUUGAAAUGUUUGGGUUUUUCUUUUGUUCUCCAGACAACAGCGACCUGCACUUUAAGGUGUCACGCGACCGAUACAGUGCCUCAUCUCUCACCAUGGAGAGCUUUGCUUACCUGUGGUCCGGAGGCAAGGCAACAUACGGUGUGAACAAGGGCAAGGCUUGCUUUGAGAUGAAGGUACGUUUUCUGACACUUCAGUCAAUCAAUAAAUUAGACUUAAAAAUACAAGAAAUUCAAAUACCAAACCCCCAUUCAACACAUACAGCACUCACACACUCACACACACAGAUGCACACUCAAAAGACCAGGUAAGGACUCUUCAACUUGUCACAGAUGACUGAGGAAACGCUGGAUCUAGGACUGAAACGAUAAAACCAUGAUUAAAAACUCUCUUCCUCACUCAGAAAAAAUGGCUGCCAUCAGUGCACGCACAUUCUAUGGGAAGAGGAAAAGUACUGAAGCCCCACCCCUUUAAUUAAAAUUACAAUUAAAAGACCUGGGGGCUCUACUAGGCAAACAAAAGGACCAAGACCAUUAGAGCUUUAAAAACUUAUAAAAGGAACCUAAAAUCUACUGUAAAAGACACAGGAAGCCAAUGGAGAGUCUUCGUAAAUCUUAAUUUUGUUUUGCUUUGUUUCCACAGAUCACAGAGAAGAUUCCUGUUAAGCACAUUUCCAGCAAGAACAUGGAGAUCCAUGACGUGCAGGUCGGCUGGUCCCUCGCCACUGGCACCCUUCUCCUUGGUAACUGUCUUUUUUUUAAAAACCGUACAUCCAGAAAAUGAUUUAGAGAGCUGAGUGAAGAUAAUUAAAGUGGUUUUGGUGACCAAACCAGUCGAGACAAUUGCUAUGAAGGUCUGCUGGCGGUUUGGAGCUGAACUCCGGCUUCUCUGAUUCCCCAGAAAGUCAGUCAGUCAGUCAUAAGGUGUCCCCCUAGUGGUCGAAAAGCAGCAUGACACGCUGAUUUAAAAUGGCUGCAGCUCUCCCGGCAUCAUAGUAAUGGUGGCUGACUGGGCGCACACAUGCAUGAGUCACAUCGUGUGGCUGAGUUUUGGCAGCGUGAGUUAGUUUUUUUUUUUUCUCUCAAAAACGAUUUUCUAUUUCUAAAUGUUUUCUCAUGUGCUUGAAGGCGAGGAGGAGCACUCUUAUGCGUACUCUGGGAAAGGCAAGAAAACCUCCAACUGUGUGACCGAGGACUUUGGAGAAACCUACGAGGAGAACGACGUCAUCUGCUGCCUUAUUGUAAGAUAUUAUGUCUUUUAUUUUAUAUAAACAUGAAGCCAACGUGAUGAUUCCGUGUGGGAUAAGAACCAAAAAUGAACAGUUUUCCAUCUUCGAUCUUUUCAGGACUUUGAGGAUGAGGAGUUUGUGCUGUCCUUCGCCAAGAACGGCGGCGAACCGGCUGUUGCUUUCAAGGUCGCCAAGGACACCCUGAACGGCCAGGCUCUUUUCCCCCACGUCAUCUGUCACAACUGUGCUGUCGAGUUCAACUUUGGCCAGAUGGAGACUCCGUACUUCCCUCAGCCACAGGGCUACACCUUCCUGCAGCAGGUCCCUGUGGACGAUCGAGUCCGGGGGCCUAAAGGGCCGCAGACCAAGGCUGACUGCGAGGUAAGAACGAUUAUUCGGAUAAACCUGCUGAAAGUUGUGCUUUUAAUGAAUGUUCACUGUAAACGUAACCAUUUAUUUGUCUUUUCUGCAGAUCAUCGUGAUGAUUGGCCUGCCAGGUUCAGGGAAAACCACAUGGGUGAAGGACCACGUCCAAGAGAACCCUGGGAAAUACUACAUCCUGGGCAGUGACACGAUCGUGGAGAAGAUGAUGGUCAGUACUGAAACAGCCGGUGGAUGUUUGAUCUGGUUAAACUCAGUCUCACAGUCUCUGUUCGAGUCACUCUGAUUGAAUUUUCAGAUUUUAAUGUCGUUUAUUUCAUCGACAGAUCAACAGUCUGAAGCGCCAGUCCAAGGACAUCACAAAGCUCACUGCCAUUUCCCAGAGAGCUCCUCUGUUCCUGGGAAAGUUCAUCGAGAUCGCUGCUCGUAAGAAGAGGAACUACAUCCUCGAUCAUGUAAGUAAUCAAAGUCUUCACAGCACUUUUCCAAUAUGACCAGCAUGUCACUGUAAAAUCAAACAUUAGUAUUUGUUUAAUUGAUCCGCCUUACUUCUCCUCUCCCUCAGACAAACCUUUCUGCCCCGGGCCAGAAGAGGAAGAUGUGUUUGUUUGCUGGUUUCCAGCGUAAGGCUGUUGUGGUCUGCCCCUCUGAUGAGGACUACAAGCAGAGGGUCCAGCAGAAGGUUGAAAGCGAUGGCAAAGAAGUGCCUGAACACGCCAUCCUGAAAAUGAAAGGUACACAAAGAUGUUUGUAUUAUAAAGUCUCAUUUGCAGGAUCUGUGUCACUCUUCUUGAAUCUCAUUUGUUUUUGUUUUUUCCGUUUGUCGCAGGUUUUUACUCCCUUCCUGAGGCUGGAGAGAGCUUCAAUGAGGUCGUCUUCGCCGAGCUGCAGAAAGACGAGGCAGCCAAGCUUCUUGAGCAGUACAAAGAGGAAAGUAAGACGGCUCUGCCAGCUGAGAAGAAACCCAACCAGGGAAGCACAACACCAAAGAGAGGCGGCGGUCAGCGUGGUGGCCGCGGUGGCAAGAACCAGUUUGGACGUGGUGGUGGACCCGGACAGAGAGGCGGUGGCCGUGGAGGUUUCCAGAACAGAGGCAACUUCAGAGGAGGUAGGUGGCAGAAGCAGUAGAAGUGGAGAGUUGGAAGACAUUUAAAGUCGUUUAAGUCCAUCAAAACUUGACCCUCUCACCUGUCUGCAGCUCCUGGCCCCCGCGGCGGCUUCAACCGUCCACCUCGCGGCUUCAUGCCUCCCCCAGCCUUCAGAGGAGGCUUCCCCAACCGCGGAAACUUCAACAGAGGGGGGCCCAUCCCCAGCCUAGGCGGAUCCCCCAGGGGUGGACCAAUGAGGGGUGGCAACAUGGGACCCAGAGGGGGCCACAUGAACAGAGGCGGCCCCAUGCACAGGGGGAACAUGAACAGAGGAGGCGGAGGCAACAUGAACCGCGGUGGAAACAGGGGACAUCCCGGACAGGUGGGUGUAAAAACCUGGAGUGUUCAUGAGGUUUCUGUGGGGUAUGUUUGAAUUUUGAAUGAUUAUUCUGUUAUUUUUUGACAGUUUCACCAGAGAGGUGGUAACCGUGGCAACUUCGGCCACAAAAAUGGCAACUUUGGCAACAGGAAUGGCAUGGACAAGGCUCAAGCCUUCAACCAGAGCUGGCAGCAAGGGGUGAGUCGGAAGAGAGUGGAGCUCGUCUCUGUAUAUCUGACAGUAACAUCACAGUUUUAUAAAAAGAUGAUGUGUUUAUUUAAAGUAUCGGGUACAUGCUGCCGUUAGGGUUUAUACUCUGACAGUAUCUGAUGAGUUAAAGUCUGUCUCUGUUUUCUGUUCAGUUCUGGAACCAGAAGCCGUGGAGCCAGCAGUAUCAGCCUGGAUAUUACUAAGACACUUGUUCUUACGGACUGGUGGCCCAAAGUGAGACCCACCACUAGCCACGGAACAUCCCUCCACCCCUGCUUUCGAUUUUCUCGUCAUAGAUAUCCCAGUUUUAAUAAUCAUAACGGCCCCUUAACUGACUAUUCGCAGUGUUGAGCAACAACAUUCCACAUCAGAGAGGAGACCAGGCAUCCUGAGUGUAAUUGCGGCUUUAUAUAUCUAUUUACACAUGUAUGACGUGGGUUUAGUCUCAUUCAGCCAUCCAUUAAUUUUUUUGUUGUAUAUUUCAUUAUCUCUUUAUUUUCCACCACUUUUAAAAUGAUGUGCUUUUAAAUAGAAUCUCAUGUUUGUAAUAUCAGAAAGGAGAAACAUUUUGAGAAACAUACUUUGAGUUUUUUUUUUUUUCUUUUUUUAGAGUUGUGCAUUUUAUCUGUGCUGUGAUUUUUGUUCUUGCUUUUUUUUAUAUAACAAAUUGUAAAUAUUUUGGGGUUUUUUUGGCGUAGUUUCUAUGCGAAAUUUAAAGAAAAGAAAAAAACAGUUACGAUUGAAAGCAACCUUGACCUGUUAGUGAGACGCAUGGUUGGUGGUUAUAACGUUAGACUGUACGUGUCAAUAUAGUCUACUGUCAAUCAGUUAAACUGAAUCAACAGAUGAAUGACAGCAAGCUUUUGUCUUUUGUUCCCAGUAUCAAACUUGUAACCUUUACUCCAUAGAUCUACAAUAAACAACUCAUUGGACUUUUUUACAUUCUCCCUGGCUUAUGACUUUUGAUUCAAUUCAAAGGUGUGUAAAUGACCUUUGAAUGGGCGAUGUCCCGUUUUCCUACUUCAAACAGUCAGGACAAUAGUCCCUCUCCGAGCCCAAGUUUACACCUCAUUGCCUAAGUAUUCCCUUUAAUCGUCCUGUCUUUGAAAUGUCUUCGAUAUUUAAGCUAUUCCAGUGCACACUGCUUCGAGAGGGUAUUUUGGCCAAGCCAUUUCAAGAAUAAGAGUAAGCCAUUUCAGCACUACUUCUGCCUUGAAUUCAUUUAUCUAUCAGAUUAAUUUAUGUUAGAAUUAGGGAGUAGACGACCCUUUACUCUCAGGGGAUGUCUGGAUUUUUGUCCUUUUUUUUGAGUGCAGUAGUCUUCUGAGAAAAAAAAUGGCAAGCACUGACCAAAUCCUACAAGUAAAACCCAGAACAAUAAUAGCAUUUAUUUAAAAAUGUGUAUAAAUGCCAUGAUUUCAAUUUUUAUCAAAUUUCUGAUGAUCUUAGAGGAGCACAAAAGCGAUAGAAAGCGGGCAGGGUUGGUCAUUUUCACCAGCAAAUUUAAAGGGCUACACAGUGUCACGACAUCAACAUUAACACCGUGAGCAGUUCAUGAAAAACCUGAGACUGACAGAAAAGAAGAGACGGGUGAUUUUUUUUUCUCAACUCUUAAGGCACAUCCUGUCAAGAAGCACUCCGAGCCUUCUUGUUGGUAACUGUGUGGCCCAGCAAUAAUGGCAGCUCCUCAUCCAACUGCUUCUAACGUGGGUUACAACAUGUCAGCGGCCUGUGUUUCAACUCUAAACAUCAUCAGAGCUGUAAAAAAACAAACUUAUUACAGUAGAUCAGACAAACGUGGUUGUGAAUGUCCGAUUUCUGCUUCGUUUUGACUGCCAUUGUUUAUAUUUAAAAGACGUGUAAAUAUCUUACCACUAUUUCAGCCAUGCACGAAUGUUCAGUAAUGAAUUGACUUUGAGUUUUAAGUGUAUUGUGAUAAAGAAAGUGUUAGUUUGCCCGAGUACUGCUGUGUAAUGAAUUGUCUACUUUAUUGAACCGUCUGGAGAGUUUGUGCCCACUUGUUUUCUUGUACUGGACCCAUAAAUCUAGCUGAAUGCAAACUUUGAUUUUACAGUAUAACCUAUAAACAAACACUAUAUUUUUAUCGCUUUCUGUUGCAGGUUGUAUAUCAGGUCUUUUAUGAGUAAACCAACAAUGCAAAAGCUUUUCUAUCUUUUUGAUAUUUGUGUUUCAGAUCUGGAGUUGUUUUUUUUUUUUUUUUAAUUUGUCUCAACUCAAUUAAAAUAAAAGAAGCUGGUAAAGAGAC